AUGAAGGAAUCACUUCUUGAGCUCGAUCCGCAAGCAGACGCCCUGCUGAUUCUUCAGAAGCCGAACUUGCAUUCACCUCCCGAACUACUAAAUGAGUUUGCACCGAUAUCCAGUACGGUUUGCCACCAUUUCAACAGCCCCAUUCCCUUUUGUUCUGAAACGGAAGAAGAUGAAAUGGAUGAGAUGAGAUGGCUAGACCCAUAUUUAGAGAAUGGCGAUCCAAACCAGGUUGUGUUUCGCGUCUCUGCCAAGCACCUCUGCCUUGCGUCACCAGUCUUCCGAAGAAUGAUCCAGGGCAAAUUCAAAGAGUCAGAACCAAACGAACAAGGCCUUUUAGAGAUCAGAGCCCCAGAGUGGAAUGCCGAAGCUUUCCUCAUCGUCCUUGACAUUAUACAUGGCCAUCACUCCUGCGUUCCCACUCAACCAAGUCUACAAGUCGUAGCACAGGUCGGUGUUAUAGUCGACUAUUAUGACUGCCUCGAGGUUGUUCGAAUAUUCUUCCAGGGUUGGCACUUAUCAAUGAAGAUUUGGGAUAAAUACUCAACUCGGCUGUCUGAAGAGGAUGGCAUCAUGGGUAUAAAACCGUUUGGCCAUGAAGCAACGACUGCUUUGUUCAUGGCCUGGGUAGUCCGGGACCAAGUACGGUUCACUGCAUUGACUAUCUCCGCAGUGCUAAGCACAAAUGCACUUAUCGAGACUACUCUGCCUAUACCCGCUCAAAUUCUUGAAGCAAUCAACAAUCAGCGGUGUGCAGUCAUUGAUGAUAUAAUUUCCCAGAUCUAUAAUUUGAAAGACUACGUGGUCUCUGGAUUCGUUGGGUGCAAUGUCGAAUGCUCUCUCAGACUCCUGGAAGUUCUCUUCAGACAAAUGAAUAAGCUGAAUUUGCCAAUGCUAAGGCCGGAACGUCCCCUUUGGUGGUAUACUGUUAUUUCACUUGUCACUAAUAUGGGCCCUUCCGGUACUAGUGUUUCUUCCCGAAAAUGCCAUUGCACACUUCAGUCUCACCUCAACAUACCCCGGAAUAAGGAAGACUUGAACAUUGCUGUGCCAGGCCUGAACCUAAAGGACUUCCAGUAA